CUCUCAGUCUCACUCUCAGCUCACAUUUUGAAAGGCGUCUUGAUAAACGCCGCUCAUCUUUGAUCUUCCUUUUUUUUCUUUUGAUAAUCUCUGUGAGUUUAGCUCUUAAAUUUUUGUAUCUGAGAAAAAUGAGAGAGUGCAUUUCGAUCCACAUCGGUCAGGCCGGUAUUCAGGUCGGGAAUGCUUGCUGGGAACUUUACUGCCUCGAGCAUGGCAUUCAGCCUGAUGGCCAGAUGCCGAGUGAUAAGACUGUCGGCGGAGGAGACGAUGCCUUCAACACCUUCUUCAGUGAAACUGGUGCCGGAAAGCACGUUCCUCGUGCCGUCUUUGUUGAUCUGGAGCCCACUGUCAUCGACGAAGUGAGGACCGGAACAUACCGCCAGCUAUUCCACCCUGAGCAACUCAUCAGCGGCAAGGAAGAUGCUGCCAACAACUUUGCCCGUGGCCACUACACCAUUGGGAAAGAGAUUGUUGAUCUUUGCUUGGAUAGGAUCCGAAAGCUUGCAGAUAACUGCACUGGUCUACAAGGCUUCUUGGUUUUCAAUGCUGUUGGUGGCGGUACCGGAUCUGGUCUUGGAUCGCUACUUUUGGAGCGUCUCUCUGUUGAUUAUGGCAAAAAGUCGAAGCUUGGUUUCACUGUCUAUCCCUCACCACAGGUCUCCACAUCCGUUGUAGAGCCUUACAACAGCGUCCUUUCCACACAUUCCCUCCUCGAGCACACUGAUGUCGCCGUGCUUCUCGACAAUGAGGCUAUCUAUGACAUUUGCAGGCGAUCCCUUGACAUCGAGCGCCCCACUUACACCAAUCUCAACCGCCUUGUCUCUCAGGUGAUCUCGUCCCUGACUGCCUCUUUGAGGUUUGAUGGAGCCUUGAAUGUUGAUGUGACCGAGUUCCAGACCAACUUGGUUCCAUACCCGAGGAUCCAUUUCAUGCUUUCUUCCUAUGCUCCUGUCAUCUCCGCCGAGAAGGCAUACCACGAGCAGCUUUCAGUGGCUGAGAUUACCAAUAGUGCCUUCGAGCCCUCUUCUAUGAUGGCAAAAUGUGACCCCCGCCAUGGGAAAUACAUGGCUUGCUGUUUGAUGUACCGUGGUGAUGUUGUGCCCAAGGAUGUGAAUGCGGCUGUGGCCACCAUCAAGACUAAGCGCACAAUCCAGUUUGUUGAUUGGUGCCCUACUGGGUUUAAGUGCGGUAUCAAUUACCAACCGCCGACUGUUGUUCCGGGAGGCGAUCUUGCUAAAGUUCAGAGGGCUGUUUGCAUGAUCUCUAACUCAACCAGUGUUGCCGAGGUGUUCUCUAGGAUUGACCACAAGUUUGAUCUCAUGUAUGCCAAGCGUGCCUUUGUGCACUGGUACGUUGGUGAGGGUAUGGAGGAAGGAGAGUUCUCGGAGGCUCGUGAGGAUCUUGCUGCGCUGGAGAAGGAUUAUGAGGAGGUCGGUGCAGAGUCUGCUGAGGGAGAGGACGGUGAUGAAGGAGAUGAAUACUAGUAGUUGGAUGCAAUUUCUUUUGUAUGUCUACAAUAAUAAGAUGGUUUUUGUCAUGGUUAUUUCCUUUUAAUGUCGUUGCUGGGGGUUGUAUCAAUGUUUAUAUUGCUAUGAUUUGGAACCUAUCAAGCUUUCGCUCUGGAAUAGUUGUAUGUCGUGAUGCUUCGCUAAA